AUGAAUGAUGCUAUAUCGUUAUCGUCGACUUUCGUUUUCUCUUCUAACGACAUAAUUCAUCGAGCUAUCCCCACUAGCUGCAAAAAUAGAUUUAUGGAAUCAACAUUAGAAUGGGAGAAAAUAGUACUCGAUGCUAUUGAAACUCGUCGAUUGCGUAUGAUUGAACGUGGAUAUUAUAUCAAACAAUAUCGUCUGGCACCACAACAAAAGAGCGAUGAUAAUCUACAGCAAUCAAUAGGCUUCAGUGGCUGA